GAAUUUUCCGUGACAGCAGUUUGACAUUUAAGUGACAUGAAAAUAAAUUAAAAUGAUUAAAACAAUUUAAAAAAGCCAUUAAAAUGGAUUUGGUGACUCAAACUAGUCUCGAAGCCUUGCUUUUAAAAGCCACAAACUCUCAAAACCAAAACAUUGAUACCGCCGCCGUUGAGGCCUUCUGUGCUCUUGUAAAUAAAGAAAAAGAUGGGGCGCACAUUGGGGUUAAAGUGAUCGCAAACAGGCUUCCAUCGGGUAACGAGAAAGAGCUGCUUCAAACGCUUAAUAUCUUAGAUACGUGUAUGAGCAAAUGUGGAACAGCUUUUCAGUCAGAAGUUGGCAAAUUCCGGUUUUUAAACGAGAUGAUUAAGCUAGUUUCACCUAAAUAUUUAGGGUCACAAACUCCGCUUCUUGUGAAGCAAAAAGUUUUACAGUUGAUGUACAUUUGGACCCUGGAUUAUCCCAAAGAAACCAAAAUAAAGGAAGCAUAUGAUAUGCUGAGAAAGCAGGGCGUUAUCAAGGAAAUUCCGAACCCAAAUAUAGUACAAAAUGUCAACAUUCCAAGGAAAAAAGUCACAAAUUCUGUAUUCCACGAUGAAGAGAAGUCAAAAAUUUUGCAAAAAUUGUUGCAAAGCAAAGACCCUGAGGAUAUUCAAGCCGCCAAUUGGCUGAUUAAGAGUAUGGUCAAAGAGGACGAUAAAAGAGCGGAAUUAAAGAGCCGUCGCGUUUCUGAACUUGAAUCAGUACAAAAUAAUGUGAGAUUACUAAACGAAAUGCUUGAUUCUUACAAACCAGGCAUUUCUUCUGCUGAUGAAUUAGAUCUAAUCAAAGAGCUUCAUCAAAGUUGUGAGCGUCUAAGACAAAAUUUAAUGAAAUUAACUGCAGAGACUCAACAGAAUGAAGAAAUUUUGGGUGAUGUUUUGCAAGCAAGUGAUGAAUUGAGUCAUGUUUUUAGUAAAUAUAACAAGAUUAUUGUUCAGGGGAAUAGUGUUCGUGAUGGUGGAAGUAACGCCUUGCUUGAUUUUGAAGGCUCUGAUGAAGCACAGUGUCAAAACACUGAACCCAAAGAAAUUGAUGUUUUAUGUGAUAUUUUUAACGCUUCUAACAUUCCAGAUUCUGCUGAUAUUUUGCAACCAGUUUCAGUAUUAACUUGUGAUAAAAGCGAAAAUGGGAAAGAGGUGAAUAAAUUUAAAGCCUUAGAAGAGUUGGAUAUUUUGAGUGAACAUUUAAUUAAAGAAAAUCUCCCAUCUAACAGACAAGGCAGUUUUAAUAAUAAACAAGAAAAAAUUCCAAUGAAUCGCCUUACGAAAUUAUCUGAAACGAAACCAUCCCAAAGCAACGGAAAAAAUGAAACAAUUAGUGAUUCUCUAAAUUUAGAUCUGAGUUAUUUAAUAAGUAAACCAAAGGAAGAACCAAAGACAAACAUAAUGGAAAAUUCAAUAGAUGAUUGUUUGGUUGACAUUGCUGAUGAGAAAAUGCUGGAAGCUGAUGAAACUACCACCCAAAGAAAACCCAGCAUAACUGAAACACCAAAAAAUCAUGAAAUUAAGUUAAAUGACAUUUUUAUCAAACUGGAAGAUAUCAAACCAAGCCCAGUCCCACCCCUCACAAUCUUGAACGAGAGAAACGGAAUCACAAUAACUCUCCACUUUGUGAAAGACAAGCCUCGAGACGACGUGCAUGUUUUUGUUGUGACCACAAUCAACAAAAAUGAUAUGCCUUUGACUAAUUACUUAUUCCAGGCUGUUGUACCUAAGGGCUGUAAAGUCAAACUUCAACCCCCCUCCGCCACCACUCUCCCUGCUCACAACCCGUUCCUCCCCCCUUCAGCUAUAACCCAAAUUAUGUUGAUCGCAAAUCCUGAUGAUGUACAAGUUUUCCUCAAGUUUUUUGUAAGUUUUGUAAUGGAUGAAGAGACUUGUACUGAAAUCGGCGAAGUUGAAACUCUUCCAAUGGUCUAAAUGUAAACUAUUUUUAAUUUUAGUGUAAUUAAAAUCGUGCUUAAGUCAAUUUAAUACAAAAGGGUUAGUGCCAUUUUAGCUUAAAUGUGGGCACUUUAAUUUUGGUACUUACGUUGAUCUGUUGCACUUCUUAUGGCCAGUAUUACACAUUGCAUGACAUAUUCCAUUCGCGAUGGGUCAACAAAAGACAUUUAUUUUCAGCGGCUUGAAUUAGUCAGUUUUACUUAAUUAGAGACUGAAGAUAUCUACAGGUAUUAUUUUUCUCAAAUAAUUUAAAUAUAUCAUAAAAACCAA